UACCCUUGUUGUGACACAUCUACUGAGCACCCACCAAGUUUUGUCUGAGACUAGUUAUUUCUGCUAGAUUAGUUCUGGCCUGAAGUUUGACUGCCUGGCUUGACCUUGGACCUGCAUCAUCACCAGACCUUGCUGUAUGAUCUAGAUGCUUGAUCAAAUUUAGCUACUAUCCUUGAGUCAACCUUGCUCAGGGGGGAAGAAGAUGAUGGAAAAUCAAGCCAGAAGACUCGGAUCUUCAAUUUCUUUGGCACCUACACUGAAACUUACAAAGCCUGGGAACUCAAUGGGACAGGAAAGAUCUGCACUGUCAGCCAUGGAGCAGCUUUCUGCAAGUCUGAGAUAAAGCAUUUAGGGACGCAAUCUAGUGGAAGCUCCACUUCUGAGAAUAUGAAACAGGAGCCAAAAUGACAUCCCGAUUUGGAAAGACCUAUAGCCGGAAAGGGGGAAACGGCAGUUCAAAGUUUGAUGAAGUGUUUUCCAACAAACGGACCACCCUUAGCACAAAAUGGGGAGAAACCACCUUCAUGGCCAAAUUAGGACAGAAGAGGCCCAGUGUCAAACCAGAUAUUUCUGAAGUUCCUAAAAAACCCAAAGUUGAAGAUGAGGUAACAGAGGAUCCAUUUGGAUUUGACAGUGAUGAAGAAUCUCUUCCUGUGUCUUCAAAGAAUUUGUCACAGGCUAAAAGCUCCUCUCAGCUGGACCCCAGUGAAGCUGCUCAGACUGAGGACUCUGCUUCUCUCCUUGAAGUUAACAGCAGAAUUAAUCAGCCAGACAGCGGAGAAAACAUUGCAUCCAGCAAGCAGAUACCUUUUGACAAUACUGUUCCUCUCUUAAAAGACAAGAGCACAAGCAAAAAUGCGGAAGAUGGAGAAAGCAAAGGCAGCAGUGCUAAACUCGUACCUGCAGAUAAAAUGCAGAAUUUGAAUGAAGAUACUGAGAAGAACAGUCAUUUCACCUGUGAGAAUACUGAAGACAGUAACAAAACCAAUGCUGAAACUGCAGAUGCUUCUGGAUUCAAUGCUGAAGCCAAGGACUUACCUGAUUCUUGGGACUCCCACAUCGGAAAAACAUCAGACUCUCCAUCAGAAGCAUCUCAGACGAAGGGGCCAUUAAGAACUCAUUUGUAUGAAUGGGAGGAUGAAACUGAAGAUACCAGAACUGGAGAGUAUAUAUUAGAUUUUGACAGUGAACAGCUCUCAGAGGUGAAGAGCAAGGAUGAGGAGGGCGAUAAAGAAGAUACUGAAAAUCCAAAGGAAGCCAUUAGUGAGGAACUUGUGCAAACUAUUCCUAGGCCAAGCAACUGUAGGACAUAUUGUAGAUCUAACAAAGCAAAACCACAGGGGGCAACAAAUUUUGACAAGCUAAUGGAUGGCACUAGCCAGUCUUUAUCCAAAGCAAACAAUGAGUCAAAUAAUGAUGGUCUGAACCCAGCAAGAAAAGCUUCUUUAAGUAGUGGGACCAGUUUUAGAGGGACGGUUGGACGGACUAGAGACUACACUGUUCUACAUCCAUCUUGCUUGUCAGUUUGUAAUGUUACUAUACAGGAUACCAUGGAAAGAAUUGAUGAAUUUACCACAGCAACCCCUACUGACUUAGGAGAAGCUGGACGUUUAAGAAAAAAAGCAGACAUUGCUACUACAAAAACUACAACCAGGUUCCGACCAAGCAAUACCAAAUCCAAAAAGGAUGUCAAAUUAGAAUUUUUUGGGUUUGACGAUCAAGACGAGGGAGGGGGAGAUGAAGGUGCCUCUAGAAGUUCUGGGAGUUCCAAUUACAAAAUUAAGUACUUUGGGUUUGAUGACCUGAGUGAAAGUGAGGAUGAAGAAGAAGAAUGGCAGGUAGCAGAAAGGAAAGCUAACAAAAAACGAAGUAGAACUGCACCAUCUUCCUCACUUCAGUCAACCUCCGAGAGCAAUGAAAACUGCUCCCAAGAUAGCCAGCUCAAUACAAAUGCAGAGCUUCUGGAAUUCUCAGAGGAUGCAUCCGGUGUGCCUGAAGGCAAUAAAAAAUCCACAAAUAAACAAGGUGAUAAAUCUAAGGAAAACACCAGGAAGAUUUUUAGUGGGCCAAAGCGGUCUCCCACAAAAGCUGUAUAUAAUGCUAGACACUGGAACCAGCCGGAAUCAGAGGCUCUGCCAGCACCACCAGUUUUGAAAACUCCUAGUGUCCCAGUAAGGCUAUCUUCAAAGGAGGCAAUUCAUAAAGAUGAUGGAGUUUUUAAGGCUCCUGCACCACCUCCCAAAGUGAUUAAAACUGUGACAAUACCUACUCAGCCCUAUCAAGAGAUAGUAACUGCAUUGAAAUGUAGGAAAGAAGACAAAGAAUUAUACACUGUUGUUCAGCAUGUAAAGCACUUCAAUGAUGUAGUGGAAUUUGGUGAAAAUCAAGAGUUCACAGAUGAUAUUGAGUACUUGCUAAGUGGAUUGAAGAGCAAUCAGCCCCUAAACACACGUUGCCUUAGUGUAAUCAGCUUGGCGACAAAGUGCGCCAUGCCCAGCUUCCGAAUGCAUCUGAGAGCACAUGGGAUGGUAGCCAUGGUUUUCAAAACACUGGAUGAUUCCCAACACCACCAGAAUUUGUCCCUUUGUACAGCAGCUCUAAUGUACAUCUUGAGUAGAGAUCGUUUGAACAUGGAUUUAGACAGAGCUAGUUUAGAUCUGAUGAUACGGCUUUUGGAAUUGGAACAAGAUGCUUCUUCUGCCAAGCUCCUGAAUGAAAAAGACAUGAAUAAAAUUAAGGAAAAAAUUCGGAGACUAUGUGAAACUGUUCACAACAAACAUCUUGAUCUUGAAAACAUCACGACCGGGCAUUUGGCAAUGGAGACAUUACUGUCUCUCACCUCAAAACGAGCUGGGGACUGGUUUAAAGAAGAACUGCGACUUCUAGGUGGUCUUGAUCAUAUUGUAGAUAAAGUUAAAGAAUGUGUUGAUCACCUAAGCAGUGAUGAAAAUGAAGAGAAAUUAGUUGCUUCAUUAUGGGGUGCAGAAAGGUGUUUACGGGUCUUAGAAAGUGUUACUGUGCAUAAUCCAGAAAAUCAGAGCUAUCUGAUAGCAUACAAAGACUCGCAACUCAUAGUCUCCUCAGCUAAAGCAUUGCAGCAUUGUGAGGAGUUAAUCCAACGAUACAAUCGUGCUGAAGAUAGUAUCUGUUUACCAGACAAUAAGCCUCUGCCUCACCAGAAUGUAACCAACCAUGUGGGUAAAGCAGUGGAAGACUGCAUGAGGGCCAUCAUUGGUGUCUUGCUCAACCUAACGAAUGAUAAUGAAUGGGGUAGUACAAAAACAGGUGAACAAGAUGGUCUGAUAGGCACAGCUAUGAAUUGUGUGCUUCAGGUUCCAAAGUUCCUACCUCAAGAACAGAGAUUUGAUAUUCGGGUGCUGGGAUUGGGUCUGUUGAUCAAUCUAGUAGAAUAUAGUGCUCGGAACAGGCACUGUCUUGUCAAUAUGGAAACAUCAUGUUCUUUUGACUCAUUCUGUACGGGAGAAGGAGAUGAUAGCCUAAAGAUAACUGGACAGAUUGAUGCUGUUCAGGCUUUAGUGCAGCUAUUUCUUGAGCGUGAGCGAGCGGCGCAGCUGGCUGAGAGCCAGACAGAUGAAUUGAUUAAAGAAGCUCCCACUGCUCAGCAUGAUAAGAGUGGGGAAUGGCAAGAAACAAGUGGGGAGAUACAGUGGGUCUCCACAGAAAAGUCAGACAGUACUGAAGAGAAAGAUAAGAAGGAAGAAGAUGAUGAAGAGCUUGAUCUUAAUAAAGCUCUGCAGCAUGCUGGGAAGCACAUGGAAGACUGCAUUGUGGCCUCAUACACAGCAUUGCUUCUAGGCUGUCUCUGCCAAGAGAGUCCAAUCAACGUGACUACUGUGAGGGAAUACUUACCUGAAGGGGACUUCUCAAUAAUGACUGAAAUGCUUAAAAAAUUUCUCAGUUUUAUGAAUCUUACUUGUGCUGUUGGAACAACAGGCCAGAAAUCUAUCUCUAGGGUGAUAGAAUACUUGGAACACUGCUAGAUACUUAACUUCUGCUGCAGGCACUCUAAUGCUGGAGCUACCCUUAGACAAAAGAAGAAGUCAUGAAAGAAGUCCUUGAAGGAUAUACCAAGAGCAUUCAUCUGUGUCAUUCGUGUUCGGAUUUUUAAGGCUACCUGGUCUCUUAACCAUGCAUUCAGCAUUUUCUAAAAGACAGUUACUACAUCAAUCUGCAACUAUCAAAAAUGAGGGGAAAAAGAUUCUGAGGAAAGUAAAUAAAGAAACCAUGCUGUUUAUGAUGCAGUGCAGUAUUUAAAUAUUUUUGGCAGGGUUUACCCUCCCUAUCUUUUUUCUUGCUUUGUUCGUGACAAGUUUCAAGGGGAAAAACUUGCUGCUGAUAGUGCAACUGCUGUUUACUGUUGAGCCACUGUUUCAUGCCAGCCAGGUGCAAAGGCAGCUUAGCUACUGAGGUAUCAAAUGUUCUAAUAAAGAAGUUCUGGACAGCAGCACCGCUCCUAUUUGAGUUUAAUUUGCUCUUGCUUUUUUAUUACUAGAUUAUUCCAAAAUCAUAAAAUAUAAAUUUUUAAAUACUUUUGUGAUUUUAACUACUGUCUAUAUUUAAAAUUUGUUGGAAUCCAAAGAGGCGAGGAUUGGAUAGUUUAUUUUUUAUACUGUUUUGAUUGAAAUUAGGUUGUUGAACUAUUUCUCAGUUCUAAAACUGUCAUGGCCCAUGUACUGUAAACUGAUAGACCAUAACACUUUGUAGUUCCAAGAAACAUGCAAACCCAUAGACACAUAAAGCCAUUUGAGAGAGGGUGUGUUAUUCGUAAAAUAAAUAGCAAUUGUAAAAAAACAAAAUAUUGUACCCUGUUUAAAAAAAAAAAAAAAAAAAAAAGAUGAAAUCCCAGGUUAGUUUACACUUCUAAUGAGCAAAACCUUUGAAAUGCUGUUUUAAUUCUUUUCAAGGAACUGCUCAAGAUGUAUUUUAUAAUGCUCAGUACAAAGAAAUUAGAUGUUUUAGGGGGAAGAAUUUUAAAGAAGCUAAAACACCAAUGGGAUUAAUGUUUCCAGCUGACAUAAUCUUUCUAUUUCAUUAUUCUGUAGUAUGACAAAGUUUAAAUGCAUACAACACAAAGCCUUAAAUUGCUGAUAUAGCUAAGAUUUUGUUCAGUCUGAGGUCUAGUUCAUAGCAAAGCAUUGCGUUUGAAGACUUAAAUGGAACAAAAAAUCCCAGAAAUUACAUGACUUUGAUUUAAAAAAAAAAAAAAAAAAAAAAAAAAACAAUAAAAAAAACCUUCUUGCACUCAUUAUUCAGACCAACUGAAUUGGUAAUUAUUUUUAUUAAGCUGGUCUUGAAUAUUUGCAGACUGUUCUGAGAUCUGCUUCAUUGACAUUUUUAAAUACCUGUAUGGGUAGUUACAUCAUGUUGUUCCAUUGAAUUUGUAAAACUUGAAGCCAUAAAAAUAUUAGUUCUAUGUAUAAUGAGGGGGAAAUAACAGGAAAUCUAACCUGCUUUUAGAUAUUGUGUUAUCUCCAUGUAUAAAGUUACAAACUCGUGCUUUUGUAUCAGUGCCAGCUGUAAUUUUUUUACAUACAGUGGCUGCCUUCUAUGUCUUCCUAUUUUUGAUAAUGCAGAUUGUUGGGAAUUCUGUAAGGAAGUAACUGAUUAGCGGCAAAAAUCCAAUGUUGGUCAUACUUUUUUGCGUUUUCUCUCAUCACCUUCUAAAAUUUAGUGUAUCAGUGUAACUUAGAAACGUUUUUGAGGUUGUAUUCCCCUUUGUUUAAAAACUAAACAAAACCAGCUCGCUAUUGAGAAACAAAAGCUGUAUGUAAAUCAUCUCUACCAGGAGGAAAUUAAUGAGUAUGUUGCCCAUCUAGUCUUCUGAUUUUAGAGAUUUUCAAUUACAGUGGGAUUUCAAAAUGAUUAUAUAGUUUCUGUGAAGUGAUGGCAAAAGACAAUACAGAUGUGAUGUUGGGGGGGGGAAAGCAGGGACAACUACCUUUCUUUGUUACACUGGUAAUUGUUUGGGAAUUGAUUUACCUCAGUGUUUAACAGUUUUUUUAAAUGUAACUAAUUGUCAAGCACUGACAAAUGCAGAUCUUUUUUUUUUGAGGGUGGGGGGAGAAAUCACCCUGUGAACUGCAGUGCGUUUUUGUGUGUUAGACCCUCAAAUAACUCUGCAUUAAAGGGUACUUGAGGCCAACUUGCAAAUUAAAGUUUUAAAGUAACUUUUUUUCCAUUGUAAAUAUUUGUGUAAAUACUCUCAAUUGGAAAUUAGAACAAGUAGAGUACUUUUCUGAAUCCAAUCCUAUUUUUAUUUUAUACAGUAUUUCUCAGCUGUGAUCUUUGGAGCAAAAGCCAACGGCAGGAAAAAUAGUUUGUACCAGUUUCAUGAAGUAUGUCUUUGGGUUUUUGUAAAUAAUUUUAACUCAAAUAAAAUUGCUACUUUCAAUA